CCGCCACUUUACAUUCUGAUUCUCGACUGCUUUACAAUUCAUUCAGUAACAUAUUCAACAUUUGCAAAAAGAGGAAAAACAGGAGAAGAUGUACUCAGACCCGUACGAUGACAUCGCGCGCGAAGUGGACCAGCAGCUCACCGUCCUCCGCCCCCAAUCGCAAGCCUACGUCACUUCCUUAACCUCCCCAUCCCCAAGCGCAGGUCCCACGCCAGCCACGCCGACGCUCGAGCAGCUCGCGUCGACGCUGGAUGAGAUCGAUCUGUCGCUGCAGGAUCUGCGCGAGUCAGUGGACGCGGUGGAGAAAUCACCGGAGCAAUUCGGCCUCACGCUCGAGCAGGUCGAGGAUCGGAGUCGGUUCGUUGCCGCGCGCGAAGAGGAAGUUGCGCGGAUCAGGAACCAGAUCGAGGCAGCGACUCGAGGGCGAAAGCCGCGGCAGGAUUUUACGGCGGUGCAGAUGGAAGAUAGAUAUGGCGGGAGUAGCGGGCGACAGACGCCAAGGUCAGACUACGACGUCGAGAUGGAGCGGGAGCAGCAGGCGCUGCUGAUUGCGGAUCAAGACCAGCAGUUAGACUCGGUCAUGAACACGGUGCAGAAUCUACGGGAUCAGGCGGCGGUGAUGGGUAACGAGCUCGAGGAGCACGUCGAGUUACUGCAAGAUCUGGAUCAACGGGUAGAUCGUACGCAGGGCAAGAUCGAUCUGGCGAUGAACAGAGUCAAGUAUAUCCUGAAAAAGAACGAGGAGCGGGCGUCGAAUUGCUGCAUAUUGAUGUUGACCAUCGUGUUGUUUAUUUUGCUGUUUAUCGUGUUGUUUAUGUAAGGCCGUUGCAUCCGUUGCAUUUGUUGUUUAUUUUGUAUCAUUUUCUCAUUCAGUUGACGGGCGUUAUGGAUCUCUGGGCAGGAUAAUUACUGUAUCAUAGCAAGUUAUUUCUAUUAAUUCAAUUCACAUUAGUCUAUGUUUUCGUCC